AUGGCCUUUCAGGACCUCCUGGAUCAAGUUGGAAGCCUGGGGAGAUUCCAAGUCCUUCAGACUGCUUUCUUUUGUGUCUGCAUCCUUAUAGUAUACCCUCAUAUGCUAUUGGAGAACUUCACUGCAGCCAUCCCUGGUCACCGCUGCUGGGUCCACAUCCUUGACAAUGACACUGUCUCAGCUAAUGGCACUGAAAUCCUCAGCCAAGAUGCCCUCCUGAGGAUCUCCAUCCCACUGGACUCAAACUCAAAGCCAGAGAAAAGUCGUCGCUUCCUCCAUCCCCAGUGGCAGUUCCUUCACAUGAAUGGGACCUUCCCUAACAUGAGUGAGCCAGACACGGAGCCCUGUGUGGAUGGCUGGGUGUAUGACCAAAGCUCCUUUCCCUCCACCAUUGCGACUGAGUGGGACCUGGUAUGUGAAUCUCAGUCACUAAUAUCAGUGGCUCAAUCCCUGUUUAUGGCUGCCCAGCUGCUGGGAGCUCUGAUAUUUGGCCAUCUUUCAGACAGGUUUGGACGGAAAAUGGUGUUCAGAUGGUGCUUGCUCAAGUUCGCCGUUGUUAACACCUGUGCAACCUUUGCUCCCACCUUCCUCGUUUACUGCUCAUUACACUUCUUGGGAGGGAUGUGUAUCAUCACUAUUGUGGCAAACUGUUUCAUUAUCAUGUCAGAGUGGACAGGGCCCAAAUCAAUAGCUUUGAUGGCAGGGAUAAUAAUAAAUUUCUGCAGUGUUGGACAGACACUCCUGGGAGGACUGGCUUUUGCCAUUCGAGACUGGCGCACACUGCAACUGACAAUGUCUAUACCCUUUUUCGUCAUCUUCUUGCUCACCAGAUAUGUGGUGGAGUCUGCACAGUGGCUGAUUGUUACCCACCAGCUAGAUGAGGGCUUAAAGGAGCUUAGAAGAGUUGCAGAUAUAAAUGGAAAAAAGGAUGCUGGAGAGACCCUGACCAUUGAGUUUGUGAAAUCCACCAUGAGGGAGGAGUUGGAUGCCAGCCAGACCAAAGCAUCACUUAUUCAUUUGUUCCGUACACCCAAACUGCAUUUAAGAGUCUGUUGUUUGUGCUUUGUGAGAAUGGCAACCUCUUUACCAUUUUUUGGCCUGCUGCUCAAUCUGCAGCACUUGGGGAGCAACAUUUUCCUGUUCCAGAUUAUCUUUGGAGCUGUCACCUUCGCAAUCAGAUGUGCUGUUCUUUUAACAAUGAAUCAUAUGGGUCGUCGAAUGAGCCAGAUGUUGUCCUCGUUCCUGGUAGGAAUUUCCAUUCUGGUCAACACCUUUUUGUCCCAAGAAAUGCAGACACUGCGUGUGGCUCUAGCAGCAUUGGGAAUUGGCGCUGCUACUGUCGCUUUAACUUUUUCUUCCAUCCACCACAUCGAACUUUCUCCCACAGUGAUCAGGUCAAUAGCUGGAGGGGUUAAUGCAAUGUUCAGCAGGAUUGGGGGAGCCCUGGCUCCCCUCUUGGUGAUCCUAAGGGUGUAUUCCCCCCACCUGCCCUGGAUACUCUAUGGAGCCUUCCCCAUCCUUGCUGGUCUUGUUGUCCUCUUCCUUCCUGAAACCAGGAAUCAGCCUAUUCCUAACACCAUCCAGGAUGUGGAAAACAACAGAAGAGUUUCAAGAGAAACAAAGCAAAAAGAUAUUUCCAUGAAAGUAACCCAAUUUUAA